CAGUCCCAUUCAAACCUCAACAGCUGUAGUGCGCAUUCAAACGCGGAAUUGUGCGGACGUUCUUAUUUUUAUAACUGGUUAUUUUUUACGAUUUCGAUUAUUGAUAAGUUGUUAUUUCUUUAAAAGAAUAGUUUCUUUUCCCAUUCGAAGAAGAAAAAGUGUUUUAAUAAACACGAUGAAUCUUUCGUUUGCUGGAUGCGGUUUUUUGGGUAUUUACCACGUUGGUGUGGCCGUGUGUUUUCGAAAAUACGCGCCACAUCUUCUUUUAGAGAAGAUCUCGGGGGCUUCCGCUGGUGCAUUAGCUGCGUGUAGCCUUUUGUGCGAUUUACCAAUAGGAGAUCUAGCCAGUGAUGUCUUAAGAGUAGCAACGGAAGCUAGAAGUCGUUCAUUGGGUGCGUUCCAUCCAAAAUUCGAUAUCCAACGAAUCCUUUUAGACGGUUUGGACAAAAUCCUUCCGGAAGAUGCUCAUUUACGUGUCAACGGACGUCUGCACAUUUCAUUAACACGCGUUCACGACGGAAAAAACAUCAUCCUGUCGCAUUUUAACAGCCGCGAAGAAUUAAUGCAAGCAAUCAACGCUUCGUGUUUCAUCCCUUUAUUUUCCGGUCUAGUUCCGCCAUUAGUUAACGGCGUCAGGUACAUCGACGGCGGAUUUAGCGAUAAUUUACCAACGUUAGAUGAAAACACCAUUACAGUUAGCCCAUUUUGCGGCGAAAGUGAUAUUUGUCCCAGAGAUGAUAGUAUGCAGCUAUUUCAUAUUAAUGUCGCAAAUACGAGUAUUGAACUUUCAAAACAUAACAUCUAUAGGAUUGGAAGAAUUUUGUUUCCGCCAACUCCGGAAAUUUUAUCUAAUAUGUGCAAACAAGGGUUUGAUGACGCGCUUCGAUUUCUUCAUAGGAAUAAUUUGAUCAAUUGUACGCGGUGUUUGAGCGUACAAUCGACCUUCCAAAUUCAAAGUACAAUUGAUGAUGGACCUGAAUAUGAUCCGGAAUGUCACGAAUGUAGAUUACACAGACAAGAAGCUAUGGUUUCAAAUCUUCCGGAUACAGUUCUAACAAUUUUCCAAGAAGCGAUCGAUUCCGCAAAUAAAGGUUUGGCGAAUUGGAUUUUCAAACACAGAGGGAUGAAAUUGUUGUCCGUUUUGAGUUUGCCGUACACGGUUCCAGCGGAUGUGAUGAUGGCUACAUUUACAAAUGCUGUUGGGGAAUCAUAUGAAAAGCACGACCUAGAAUAUAAGAUAGUUACUAAGACGCUAAUUGAGCAGACUAAUCGCACGUGUGCAUGCGGAUCUAAACAACAACAAAAUGAUCAAAAUCAACAAAAAGAUCAAUCGAAUGAAAGGCUCCUCGGUGCUGUGCCUAAAAUUAGUGAAAAGCUGUGGGAUAUCAGCUCGUAUUUCGUCAAUCAAAUCAAAUUUGUGGCUAAUAAAGUUACCACCAGCAAAGAAAGGCAAGAACAAGCUCAAAAUCCGAGAAUUAUUAAGUCAUGUACUGUAGAUGUAGAAGAUUCCUCAUCUAAAGAAUCAUCACCAACACAAAAACCACCACCACAAGCACGUCAUUUCACACGUAGAUCAAGUUUAACAGUUUGUAGAACCGGCGAAUACGCAGUGUAUAAUGAUACUUUCGAUAAUAUCGUUCAAGUGACCGCCAACCAUGAAAGUAUAAUAAGUUAUUAUUAUUUAGAUGAAAAUAGUAAAAAAGUAAAAGUAACUGAAAUUUUCGACGUCACCGACAGCGAUUCGCCAGUAGUUCAGAGUCAAAGAGAAAGAGAGUUAAAUCAACAGUUAGAAUUCGAUGAUGAUUGGGAAGAUACUGUUUGGUCAACUGGGAGGGAAGAUUAUCGCCAAUUAGAAGACGAGGAAGAUUGUACAAGUGGGGUUGAAAUAACCCCCCUUGAUGAUGUUUUUGAUAAUGAUAGUUCGAAUAUUUUUUCGGAUCCUGAAAGCGAAUGGACGUCGAUGAAAACUACUGGUGAUGAAAUUGGCGAAAAUUUGAGGUUCGAUGAUUUGAGGUUUGAAGAUUUACGACCUGAAUCAGAUCAACCCAGUCCUGGGGAGGAACUUUUAAAACGACCGUACGAAGUCCCAGCGUUUACUUACACAGAUCCUGGCGUUUAGAUAAAAAUUGUUAAUAAGAUUUGUUGAUUUUGAACUGAAAUUAACAACUGGUUACUUACUUUUAAGAGAAAAAUUUACCAAUGUAUGUGAUAUUGUGAGAUAUUAAGAUUUAUUAAGAUAUUUUUUUUUUGAAUAAGUAUUAUUCUGUGAACCUUA